GGUUAAGGCUGUCAUUAGCAUUUGAAUAUGUUUCUCGCUGUUUCUCCUCAGCUUGCCUAGUGAGCGACUCGAAACCGGUACGCAAACUUUGAGCGGUAGUUCGGAAGUCUCGCCAAUCUCUUCACUUUGUUUUCCUCGUUUGCCACACCAUGGCCCGUGGCUUCAAAUCCCCUGCUGCUCAAGUACUACUGCCUAAAGUGUCAUUUGUUAUCGUCCAGGAUGAUGAUAUCAACCAACCUGCUGGAGUGCACGACCUACAAGCCAGAUCUUAUGGAUACAACGACUUCACCGAAUUCCUGAGACCGGAUCAUUACAUUCGAUACAUCGAGCCCCUCGAGAAAGAUCUUGCUAUUCAGGUUGAAUAUGACAUGGACGACCAAGAUCAGGAAUGGCUCGACGCAGUGAACGUUGAAAGGAAGAGGGAUCAACUGAAUGCGGUCACGUACGAGACGUUUGAAAUUAUCAUGGAUCGCCUGGAGAAAGAAUACUUCGACUUGACCAAGAGCAUACCCAAAUCUGAUUAUGCUAUGCCUUCUGAGGAUUCGACUUGCGCCAUUUGUGACGAUUCCGAGGGAGAAAACAGCAAUGCUAUCGUAUUUUGUGACGGUUGCAACCUCGCUGUUCAUCAGGACUGUUAUGGAGUCCCGUACAUACCUGAAGGUCAGUGGUUAUGUCGCAAGUGCACCGUCUCCCCGGAGAAUCCAGUGUCAUGCAUACUUUGCCCCAACGAAGGGGGAGCGUUCAAACAAACAGUAUUCGGUGACUGGGCCCAUCUUCUGUGUGCUAUUUGGAUACCCGAGACGCGGGUGGCAAAUGAGGUAUUCAUGGAACCUAUUACUGGAUCUGAUAAAAUUCCGAAGCAACGCUGGAAAUUGAAAUGUUCAAUAUGUGGCAUUCGUGAGGGUGCAUGCAUCCAAUGCACAAAGAACUCAUGCUUCCUGGCCUUCCACACAACCUGCGCUCGUAAGGAAAGGUUUCUCAUGCCAAUGAAGAGCUCGCAGGGAUCUGAGCCUGGUACGCUGGCAUGCUAUUGUGAGAAGCACCUUCCUAAAGAGCAGCAAGACGCUCGCCUCAAAGCUCUUGCACAAGAUGGCCAGAUGACUAGCCCCAGUUCCAAGCUGUCGAAAUCUGCCCGUGCAUAUGCCAAAACUUACAAGACCGGCCCACCGCUUGUGCCACACAUCAUUGCUGAACGCAUCCUGAAUUAUAUUACCAAGGUAAAUGUACGCAAGAAAACCGAAUUUGUAUACAUGGUCUGUAAAUACUGGAGCUUGAAACGUGAGGCAAGGCGAGGGGCGCCACUGUUGAAGAGACUGCAUCUCGAACCAUGGACAGCAUCGAAUGCAGGGAAAGUACAGACGGAAGAAGAGAAGACUGCGAAACUAGAGCAUUUGAAACAUUUGCGCAGAGAUCUGGAGUCUGUUCGCGAAUUGGCGCUACAAACUCGCAGACGGGAGAGCCGGAAGCUUGCACAGACUGAGAGCAUCAGAAACCUUGAUCGCCACGGUCUCUUCAAGCAUCCGGUGUCAAGGACGGAGGUCCCCGACUACUAUGAUGUCGUGAAAAAGCCCAUGACUUGGGAUGCGAUUGAUGCGAAGCUUGACCGUCACGAGUACUGGGACCUCGAGGGUUUCAAGAGUGAUAUCGAGUUAGUACUGUCUAAUGCAAUCCUGUACAACAAGCCUGGUACAUCGUUCUAUAAGACUGCACAAAGAAUGCAAAUAAGCAGUCAACCCAUCCUUCAGGAACUCACUUCCCUCGCCUACAAUCACUCACCCCUUACUCCCCCUGAUCCUUCUGACUCCUCCGUUUCCUCCCAGAUAUCCAUAGGAGAUCUAGAACCUUUGAUGGAGACACUCCAGCUCCUAACGUCAACUCAAGACAUCCAAGAUAACAUCAAUCUUCUCCUCCAUGCCGAUCCCAUCUCAUCACUAUUCAACUUCGAACUUCCGCGCAUUAAGCCUCCACCGCCUCCUCCCCCAGCUCCAUCUCCCCCGCCGCCUCCCAAGUCCAAGGUGCCCAAAAAGAAGCGCCCCCCCAAGACCGUCGAGCCUGGUCCUCUGGACACCUCUCCAGGUUUCCGUGCCCCGCGAACCCGCCGAGCCCUUGCGGCAGCUGCAGCUUUCGAGGCCGAGGCUGGCUUCGAACCCGAAUUUCAAUCUAUCGCUGAACUUGAACUGGGAGCAAUUGAGGUCGAUCAGAAAGUACCUUCUGAACCACCGAAGAAACGACGCCGGCAGAGUGCAAUGCCUGGGCAGGUAGAAACGCCACCCAUGGUCACAGAUGUAGACAGUCAGGGAUUAUUCAAAAUGUUCGAUGCCGGAUGGAUUUUACCGACAGGACAACGAAGGGGCGGACGCCAGCCUGUGGAGAGGGCUCCGCUUCCACCGAAGAAAAAGAAGAUGGAUCGUGGGACGUCGAGGUUGUCUGUAUUCAGCACAAACGCAUCGGAUAAUCAGACUCUAGACGAGAUUUCUGGGCCUUCUGGCUUGUCUGUAGAAGAGAAAGCACAGAUGGAUGUCGAGUUUGGAGUAAUGUCCGAGGCAAGUGCUGCUGCCCUUGACAUGGAUGCGCAGGCAGAGUUGGGCCAUGGCACCAAUGAGGAGAUGGAGGCAUCCAUAGCUCUCAAUAUUCCAGAGAAACACCAGGAGGAAGAAACGGAGAGGCAACUACAGCCAGAGCCUGAACCUGGACCUGAACUACUGAAGGAGGAGACACGGUCAGAGUUAGAAGCGCGGAUAGCCAAGAUCCCCAUUCGACCAAACACGACGAUCAAUGUCGAGAAUGGGAAAAUUGUUGUGGAGGAGCUAGACACGCCCAAACUUCGGCGGGAAAAGGCAAGGCAGCGGAAAGCAGAAAAGGCCGCGGCGACGGCGGCAGCUACUGCUGCUGCUCAAGGCCUUCCGCCAGCCAAAGUCGAGAUCACGAAAACCAAUGUCGGGACCACUCAAGAUGACGUAUCUGAUUUAUCCUCUCUGAGCGAGCUGGACAGUGAUACUGAUGAGAAGCCUGUGGCACGGGGUAAGGCGACUACAUCCAAUGCCAUACCCGAAGUAAAACUCGUCGGAACGCGUCAACCGCAACGCGCGCCAGCCACUCUCGUUACCUCAGGAAGAGCUCUUGUUGUCCUUGAACCGGGGAAACAGUUAGAAAAUGGCACUCUUGUUUGGGCUAAAGCAGGUCAGACCUUCAUGAACGGAAUCUGGCAGUCUACAGACUCUUGCUGAUAUCAUUUCAUAUUAGACACGUAUCCCUGGUGGCCUGCAGUCGUUUGGGAACCAGAUGACCCAAUGAUUCCAGAGGACGUCAGGAAGAAGAGGCCUCAAGAUAAUUCACGUCAUGUCGUACAAUUUUAUGACCCCACGAUGUCAUGGUACAUUUCCGAAAACGAACAGUUGAAUUUUACUGAUUAUCCGAACAGGACAUGGGUCGCCAUUGGCAAUAUGUUAUUACUGGGUGAGGAUAAUGCGGUCGACGCAUCUCUACUUUCGCCAACUUCGAUGGUCCAAAAGUGGAAAACACCCAGGAUUAAGAAGCAAUGCCGGGAAGCUUUCCAGCGCGCCUUAGCAGAGAUGGAAACGGCUGCAGAUUUACUUGCUCAUAAAAAGGAGGAUGUUGUGACGGAG